AUGGUGGACUGGCUCAGUCUAUCCAUCCCAUUCGCCUACCUAGGCAUCCUCAUAGGGUCCUUAGCGACUUUCUCCUCGCUGUAUCGGAAGCGGAAAGCUGCGAAAGCCUCCUCCCUAACACCAUGGUUUCCCCCCAACCUACAACGAGACAUAUACCUCUCUCUCCUGCAUCUGGAACCUAGCUUAUCAUCAUCGUCGUCAAAGGAGAAAAAAGCACCCGCUGUACCUGAAACGGUGCUCAAGGCAGCUCUUCUGCGACGCGCGACGGAAGAUAUCCGUCGUCUAAUCCAGCUGCGCAGCCAGAAGCCAGCGCUCGUUGGUUUGUUGCAGAAGGGUAGUGUUGGGGAUGAUCUGUGGCAGCGAUUUUUGAGGGCGGAGAAGGAGAUGGAGGCAGAAGUUAGAGAUGUUGUUGCAGAGGCAAAUACUUUUGUUCCCAACUGGGGCACAACCAUCUUCCAAUCCGCCAACGAAAUGGUCGUCAACGCCUCAUUCCGCGCACAUCUUCAAGAGAUCCAGUCUUCCGUUAAGGAGGAGAGGGAAUGGUGGAAUAAGAAGAAGGCUAGUAUUCAAGAGGGAUUCAUGAAGGAGCUGGAAGAGGAUUCUGCAGUUAAACAAACCGGUUCGGGCCCAGCUUCUGGUCAUAAUAAGCCCAGUAGUAGUGAUGAGGAUGCCGUUCUGGUUGAGAGCGGUGGACCAGCUGUUGGUGGGGGUGGGAAGAAUAAGAAGAAGAAGGGAAAGAAAUGA